AUGUCUGUGCCGCUUCCUCAUGAGGUUCUCGCCACCAAGCGGCGGAAUCUUCUUCCCAACAUUCAGGCUGUCGCCGAGACUCAGAUUUCGCAUUCCGACUUCCAGAAGGGCACCUCUUCGCAAUGGAGCGAUCGCGGAGGUUUCAAGAUCACCCCUCAGGAGGCAAAGAACGCCCGUCUUCCCCAGGCUCGUUCUCAAAUCCUUUCUGCCCUUGAUGCUCUUUCUGACCAAAUGAUCAAACAGAUCCGCGAGUGUCUGAAGGUCUGGAUCUGUUCUCGCUUCGCUCUCGACCGGGAUGGUUAUCCUUUGUACGUGGAGCUCGCUUUCAACGAUAGCCCGGGUGAGAACCCAAAGGCGCAUGCAAAAAUGUUCUUCGAACGCUGCGGUACUCCCGACAAGGUCAUAGGGGAGCUCGUCUCCCUGAUCUCCAAGCGUCCUCUUCAGCCCAUCUACAUCCCCGCUGAUUUCGCCCAUCCUCGCGGUUGGUUCUUCAAGCAAUUGAUCUCACGCCCUGAGCACCGAAAGGCUCUUGGAAUCGCCCUUCUCGGUCACCGCAACCCCAUUCUUUGUCGCCAUUGCUGUCAGUCGUACUUAACGAACAUCAGCUGGAACAAGGAGCACAUCUUAUAUCCCUUCUCGACUUGUGUCUCUAUUAAGGGCUUCAUGAAUGGGAAGUGCGCCAACUGCGUUUGGCACCAAAAGCCCUGCGAGUGGGAGUUCAUGACUGGAUACCAACCGAAGUCCGCUACGGAGGGUCCUCUGGAAUGGCCGCUUCUGGGAAAGGAGACUCCAGCGAAUCCACCGGAUGAGGUUUCAAUUGAUCAAUUGAAUCCAAUGUCUUGUCCUCGUAUUUCCUGCGAGUACCCUUCAAUUGAUGGGUCUGCCGAAACGGACCGUCAACUUCUUGAUGAGUUGCGAGGACCUGCCCUUGAGGAGAGGGCUGAUGAGACUGGUUUUUGGGAGGCGAUGCGUUUCGAGUGA